AUGAUCAGCGAUUGUGGGAGUAACGAACACCGGUCGGAUUACGUGAAGGAGCUCAAAAGUUUGCUCGGAAAAAAUCUUGAUAUUAUUGGUUCAUGCUUCGGAGGAAACAAUACCGCGUGCCCUGGCUACUGCUGGAAAGAUUGUCCACUCCUCAGCGCCUACAAAUUUUACUUGGCAUUUGAAAAUUCCGAAUGCCGUGAAUACAUCACGGAAAAAACUUAUUGGAAUGCGUACGGCAAGGGAUCAGUGCCCGUCAUAUUGGGCGUACCCCGGGCCGACUGCGAACGCCUCCUUCCCCCACGCUCCUUCAUUUACACCGCUGAUUUUCAAUCUCCGAGUAAACUCGCCGAUUACCUUCGCUAUCUCGACAACAAUGACGAUGCCUACGACGAGUAUCAUGCCUGGCGGUCCGAGUAUGUCGUCCUCAACGAACACGGAUACUUCGGCUCACGAUCGGUACACUAUUGUCGCAUCUGCGAGGCUCUGCGCUACAACAUUCGACCGGCGCAACCUCCCAAGUAUCACCGAUUGAGCCGUUUUCUCAAUGCUGCCAGAGACUGUUAUUGA